AUCGGCUCGCCCAAUCAUCCGCCACGUGUCCUACCUUCGUCCCCUUCCUCCUUCCCCAUCUUCCCACUCAUCUGAUUCCUCCUCCACGGCGGAAGAGGGCGACGACUACCUAUCUCCUGUCUCUCCAUCUCCUUUCUGUUCUUUCUCUAUUACUCUGUCACCAUCGCCAUGAGCUUUGCAACGGAGCCAGUGAUCGGCGCGCGGCUACUUACUCCACGGGGGCGAAUCAUUGUCAUACGGCAGGUGCAGCGGGCCCAUCUCUGCUCUGAUCUCCUCCGGUUCGCAACCUUCUUCAGCACGGCGGCGAUCUACGAGGUGGCGGAGUUCCGAUUCACGAAGGAGGCAACUACGCACGUUCUGGCCGAGAUCUCGGCCUUCCGACGGCUAUCCCCCCCCGGGAUUAGCCAUAUCAUCGUCGUGGUCGUCUUUACAGGGGAUAUCACAGCGAUCCCGCCCGGCCCGGCGAUUCACUCCAACAUCUAUCGGACGUUGCGCGCCUGGGCCGGGGAAGUGCGGGCAGCGUGGACAGAUCUCCUUGCUCGACGAGGAGAUACCGUCGUGCCGGUGCAUGACACAGACUUCCAGCUCCGCUCGUCUCGAAGGUCGCCAGCGAUCGUGCUUCUGGAGCUUCGUCCCUUCACGCCGCCCCAAUUAGUUAUCCUGGUGGAUGAUCUGUCCCUAGACAUCUUGUCACGCAGUGACGAGCAGCCUGGCACCCACGUGCUGUCUCGAACGCUCGAGCCGCACCUUGUGUGGUCCACGUGUACGGAGAUUGACGAGGACAACUGUCUCUAUCCCUCCCAGGCGCUUUACUUGGAGAUCGACGUUACCGAUCUCACGUUUUGGGACCCGAUCGCGAGGAGAAACGCGGCGCAGGACAAGGAGAUAGGGGGGGCAGAGGAAGAGGAGGAAGAAGAGGAGCCAUCGAGUGAAGAACGGGACGAUCCAGACUAUGUCCCGGAAAGAGAAACGGGGAUAGCUAGCGGAUCGAGCCAGCCGCGUAAAAAGAACGAAGAGGAGGAAGAGCAGAGGAAGCGGAAGCGCCAGGAGACCGCCGAGGGAAAGCGACCCACGACAAACAUUUCUCCUACCGAUCCAUCGAUCGGGGAUCCGUGGCGUGAUCCGGAGCCGCCAGAAGAAGAAGACGAUGGAACCGCGACAGAGGGAUCGCGGAGAAGAAAAAGAAGAAGUGAAUCGCCAGCUUCCUCUGGCUCCCCGUCCCGGUCCUCCAUUCGUCUACAUCAAGAUCUCGGCGUUCAGGCUCCGUCCCCGGUCGUUCUCUCGCCGACCCCGUGACUACCUCAUGCUUACCCGUCU